AAUUGGGUCAGCUGUUAUAUUGCACCUGCAUACAAAUCGAGGAAUUUAUAAAAAUUAUUAUUGCAAAAAGGAAUUGUUACAAUGGUGAUACAACAAAUUAAGACACUAUUACUAAGUAUUGUUAAGCUGCUGCGACGAAUGAUGUGUUGUUUCUCUUUCGGAAGACGAAGAAAACCGAGUUUCUCAGAACCAAUGGAAAUAAAAGUUGUGAUAGGUGAUGGUCAAGAGGCGGUGCCGGUAGGAAAGCAGUCACCCAAUUGGAAUCGGACACAGCAACAACAACACGUGGAACGCGAUUGGAAUUCUUGGGAUGAAAGUCCGCGCACUGUGACGGAGCAUAUCGAACAAUAUCGUCAACGACUGGCUAAGCCACCAACUCCGCCACCAGCUGAGCAAGAGCCAGAUUUCUUUACUGAAUUAGCACCUGUUAUACAACCUCAAAUUAAAUAUUACUUGGGCGACAAUAGUAAUGAUAAAACCGACUUUUCACGCCUAGAAGCAAAGAGUGAUGUGCCAAUAGCAAUGAAUGCGGAUCUAGAAGAUUGGGUAGACGAUGCUAUCGAUGGUGGGUGGGACGAACUUGACACAGAGCAAACUAAGCAGUUGAUACGUGAAAAACGACGUGAAAUGCGCCAACAACGUCAACAAAAAAACUUCAAAACUGCCGGAAUUGAAGCAUCAAAAAUAGUUAUUGGUGUCCAGCAUAGUCGUACAUAGUAUUGGUGGACGGAGGGUAACCACAACGAAAAUCAUGACACGCAUGCACGCGACAAAGUGAUAUGGCAUGAAACAUUGUAAUGAAGUUACUUCAUUCACGCAAAUUUUGGGCAAAAGCAAAUGUAAAUACACAUGGAAACUAUAUACACAAACAAAUCAACGCAAACACUCGCAAAGUGCAUGAAUUGUUUUUCUUUAGUUUGUACUAUCCAUUUUUUACAUAAGUAGUUUAUGGAACCCGUGGAUAAAUGGAAUGUAAGGAUUUGAAUGUUAAUUUAACUACAUUCCGUAAAAGCUAUAAUGGAUUAGGACGUUAUAUUGGAUAUAUGUUUGAUUCUUGUUUAUGCAGUUCCAACAGAUUAGACUAGUGUAAUAUGUAUUAUUUAUUAUGUACAAAAUGGUUUAUCACAGACCAAGCAUAUUUACAUGAAAGCUAAUAAAUAGAACUUAAGGCUUAAUAAAAUUUUACUACAUACAAACAAGAUAAGU